GGCUGCAGCGCCGCCUCAAGGCGGAGGCGGGAGCGGCACCUCCCCUCAGAGGGCGGGCGGAGGGGCUGAGGACGGAGCCGGGCGGCGAUUUGCUCCUUGUUGUUCGUGGGGCGAUAGUUCAGAGAGGUGUACAAAUACCGGCCCAGCUGAGCUGGAGGAGGGCAUCAGGGCAAUGCUCCACACGUGAAGCUCUGCAAAACAUGAGGAAUCUGCAAUGUGAAAAACUGUUGUGAAUCAAAAUGGUCACCACCUAGAAGUCUGCAGCCACGGGUGACUAUUACGUGCCAUCACAUUGGUGAACCUCUCGAGAGGCUUAGAAGCUGGCGCUGAAGCUGAAGCCUGGGAAGUGCUCCUCGUUUUUUUUUGCUGGCUUGUGCAAUGUCUGCUGCAGAAGAGUUUUCUGCAAGUCCCUCUCUUGCAUGACAACACUGUGUGAAACUGUCAUAACCAGUACAGCUGAGAGUUGGAAAACAUGCCCUGCUUGGAGAUGACAACCAAAAGGAAGAUUAUUGGCCGCUUGGUGCCCUGCCGCUGCUUUCGCGGUGAGGAGGAGAUCAUUUCAGUCCUGGAUUACUCUCACUGCGGCCUACAGCAGGUGCCAAAGGAGGUCUUCAACUUCGAGCGCACGUUGGAGGAGCUUUAUCUGGAUGCCAAUCAAAUCGAAGAGCUACCCAAGCAACUGUUCAACUGCCAGGCGCUACGCAAGCUGAGCAUACCAGACAAUGACCUCUCCAGUCUGCCAACCACCAUUGCUAGCUUAGUUAAUCUCAGAGAACUUGAUAUCAGUAAAAAUGGAAUUCAAGACUUUCCAGAGAAUAUUAAGUGCUGUAAAUGUUUAACAAUUAUUGAAGCCAGUGUCAACCCAGUAUCUAAGCUGCCAGAUGGCUUCACACAACUUCUAAAUUUGACCCAGCUCUAUCUAAAUGAUGCCUUUUUGGAGUUUCUCCCAGCUAACUUUGGAAGACUUGUCAAAUUGAGAAUAUUGGAGUUAAGGGAAAAUCACUUGAAAACUCUACCAAAGUCGAUGCACAAGCUGACUCAGCUGGAGAGACUUGAUUUGGGCAAUAAUGAAUUCUCUGAACUGCCUGAGGUUCUCGAACAAAUACAAAAUCUGAAGGAAUUAUGGAUGGACAAUAAUUCUCUGCAAAUACUACCUGGGUCUAUAGGGAAGUUAAAACAGCUCGUGUACCUGGAUAUGUCAAAAAACAGGAUAGAAACUGUUGAUUUGGACAUAUCGGGAUGUGAAGGACUUGAAGACCUCCUGUUGUCAUCAAAUAUGUUGCAGCAACUGCCAGACUCCAUAGGGCUGCUGAAGAGGCUCACCACGUUAAAAGUUGAUGACAAUCAGCUCACCAUUUUGCCCAAUGCAAUUGGAAAUUUAUCUUUAUUAGAAGAAUUUGACUGCAGCUGUAAUGAGUUGGAGUCGUUACCUUCUACCAUCGGUUACCUUCACAACCUGAGGACGUUGGCUGUGGAUGAGAAUUUCCUUCCUGAGCUGCCCAGAGAAAUUGGGAGCUGUAAAAAUGUAACCGUGAUGUCUCUGCGCUCCAACAAACUGGAAUUCCUUCCAGAUGAAAUAGGUCAGAUGCAGAAGCUGAGAGUGUUAAACCUGAGUGAUAACAGGCUGAAGAACUUACCAUUCACUUUUACUAAACUCAAAGAACUUGCAGCUCUGUGGCUUUCUGACAACCAGUCCAAGGCUCUCAUCCCCCUGCAAACUGAGGCUCACCCGGAAACGAAGCAGAGAGUUUUGACUAACUACAUGUUUCCCCAGCAACCCCGCAGUGAUGAAGAUUUCCAGUCAGACAGUGAUAGUUUCAACCCUACUUUGUGGGAGGAGCAGAGACAGCAACGUAUGACUGUUGCCUUUGAAUUUGAAGAAAAAAAGGAAGAGGAGGAAAAUCCAGGGAAAGUUAAGGUUGAAAUAAAUCUAAAACGUUAUCCCACUCCAUACCCGGAGGAUUUAAAGAAUAUGGUAAAAUCAGUUCAAAAUCUGGUGGGCAAAACAAGCCAUGGAGUACGGCCUGAGAACUCAGCACCAACCGCCAACACUGAACAAACUGUGAAAGAAAAGUAUGAGCACAAGUGGCCCAUGGCACCAAAGGAGAUUUCAGUGGAGGAUGCCUUUGGACAUCCUGCCAGUGAGAUGAGGAUAGGGGAACUUCGUCCUUCCCUGCCAGAGACUCCGUUGUACCCACCCAAACUUGUUCUUCUGGGUAAAGACAAGAAAGAGUCGACAGAUGAGUCUGAAGCAGAUAAGAUCCACUGUCUGAAUAACAGCGUUUCCUCAGGCACUUACUCAGACUAUUCCCCUUCCCAGGCUUCCUCAGGGUCCUCCAACGCGCAUGUUAAAAUGGGGUCCUUGCAGACAACGGCUAAAGAAGCAGUGAAUAACUCUUUGUGGGGGAACAGCAGGCUGGUGCAGUCGUUUCCACAGCCCCUCGAAACAAAGCCAUUACUGAGCCAACGGGAAUCUGCUCCGGCAGGGAACGUGCCGCCGCGCACCGACCGGCGUCCUCUGAGUGAGACCUUCACCGACAGCUGGAAUGACAGCUCACACUACGACAACACCGGCUUCGUGGCGGAGGAGAGUGUGGUGGAGAACCCCAGUGCUAACCCUCUGCUAAGCACCAAAUCCAGAAGCACAUCUGCGCAUGGGCGCAGGCCGCUGAUUAGGCAGGACAGGAUAGUGGGCAUUCCUCUGGAGCUGGAGCAGCCGACGCUCAGAAACACACACGAAUCUGAAGUGCCUCCUCCCAACCCUUGGCAAAAUUGGACCAGAACUCCUAGUCCUUUUGAAGACAGGACAGCUUUUCCUUCCAAACUGGAAAACACCCCCACCACCAGCCCUUUGCCCGAGCGGAAAGAUCACGUCAAAGAGUCUCCUGAGAUAACUAGCACUUUCGCUCCUGGAAUAGCAUGGGAAUAUCACGAUUCAAAUGCUAACAGAAGCCUCACAAAUGUCUUUUCACAUAUCCACUGUCGCCCAGACCCUUCUAAAAGCGUUAUUUCCAUCAGCAAGAGUACAGAAAGGCUUUCUCCGAUGAUGAGGGAUUUAAAAACUAACAAAUUUAAGAAAUCGCAAAGUAUCGACGAGAUAGACAUCGGUACCUACAAGGUUUAUAAUAUACCUUUAGAAAACUAUGCAUCUGGUAACGAUACUGUAGGAGCCCACGAGAGGGUGGACAAGCUGCUGGGCCCGGAGCACGGCAUGCUGAGCAUGUCCCGCAGCCAGUCCGUGCCCAUGCUGGACGACGAGCUGCUGACCUACGGCAGCGUCAAGGUGCAGCCGCAGCAGAAGUCGUCCGUGACGAAGAAGGUCUACCAGUUUGACCAAAGCUUCAACCCACAGGGAGCAGUGGAGGUCACGGCCGAGAAGAGGCUACCGCCGCCUUUCCAGCUCAACCCCGAGUACAUUGCCCCGCAGAGCAAGAACCUGCCCCAGGAGCUGGUCAGCCCCAGGGCGUACCGCGGCUACCCGCCCGUGGAGCACAUGUUCUCCUUCUCCCAGCCGUCGGUGAACGAGGAUGCCAUCAGCACACCCUUCACGAGCCAGGGCUCCAGGCCCGGCUUCUUGAGGAGGGCGGAUUCUCUGGCCAGCUCCACCGAGAUGUCCAUGUUCCGCAGGGUGAGCGAGCCCCACGAGCUGCCCCCCGGCGACAGGUAUGGCCGGGCUCCGUACCGCGGGGCCAUGGAGCGCCAGGGCAGCAUCUCGGUCUCCGAGUCCCAGUUCCUCAAGAGAAAUGGCAGGUAUGAAGACGAGCAUCCUUCCUACCAAGAAGUGAAAGCCCAGACCGGCAGCUUUCCCGUUAAAAACCUCACCCAAAGGAGGCCCUUGUCCGCAAGAAGCUACAGUACAGAGAGUUAUGGUACCUCUCAAACCAGGCCGGUCUCAGCGAGGCCUACCAUGGCGGCUCUGCUGGAAAAGAUACCGUCAGACUAUAACUUGGGUAACUAUGGCGACAAGCCUUCCGAUAACAGUGAUAUAAAGACAAGGCCCACCCCUGUGAAGGGAAAUGAGAGCUGUGCUAAAAUGCCUGCUGACUGGAGACAACAGCUACUUAGACAUAUAGAAGCUAGAAGGUUAGACAGGACCGCUGCUUACAAACACAACACAGUUAGCCUUGGCAUGCUGCACUCUGGAGGGUUUUCAGCAAUGCAUGCCGGCAGAAGCAUGACUUUAAACUUGCAGACUAAAUCUAAAUUUGAAAACCAAAUGCUUCAAGAGCUACCUCUACCGAAAACCCCGUCGCAGCAGAGCAGUGUCCUGGACAACGGGCAGGACGAGGGGCCGGGGAGCGGCCAGUGGAACCCCUACCCGCUGGGGCGGCGGGAUGUGCCCCCCGACACCGUCAGCAAGAAGGCAGGUAGCCACAUCCAGACCUUGAUGGGGUCGCAAAGCCUGCAGCACCGCAGCCGUGAGCAGCAGUAUGAGGGGAACAUGAACAAGGUGACCAUCCAGCAGUACCAGCCCCCGCUGCCCAUCCAGAUCCCCUCCUCGCAGAGCUCCCGGGCGCCGCAGACGGGGCGAUGCCUCAUCCAGACCAAGGGGCAGAGGAGUACGGACACCUACCAGGAGCAGUUUUGUGUGAGGAUAGAGAAGAAUCCUGGCCUUGGUUUUAGUAUCAGUGGUGGAAUAAGUGGACAAGGCAAUCCAUUCAAACCUUCUGAUAAGGGUAUCUUUGUUACUAGGGUUCAGCCUGACGGACCAGCAUCCAGCCUGCUCCAGCCUGGCGACAAGAUCCUCCAGGCAAACGGACACAGUUUUGUACAUAUGGAACACGAGAAAGCUGUAUUACUACUGAAGAGUUUCCAGAACACAGUAGACCUAGUUAUUCAACGGUGAGAUUUGGAUAGCCCCGGGAUGGUGUAACCAACCGGCACGGAGACGGGCUCACGUCCUGCUGGUGGGCACUUUCAGUUGCUUCCAUGUGAACGCACCAAGUGGACGAGCAGUGAGUUUAGACAGCUCUGGUUCCUAAACGGAGAGAAGUUUGUGAUGGGUGGCAGUAAAACUUCUUUUGUUGCUGCUAAUUUUAUUAUUCUAUCUUUUCCAUUUGAAGUGACAGGCCCUUCACCUGUGUUGCCCAUUUCCCUGUGUUAUGGUGUUCUGUCUUUUUGCUCUGGCCCGGGCUCGCUACGUCCAUGAUCAGUAUGGCUCUAGCCUUUACACAACCCUUUAUUUGAGUAACAGUCUCUAGAAUGAAUGGGGAUUGAUUGAGUAUACAUGAGAAAUCGUAGAAGAGUGGCACUGACAGAGCAUGGGAAGCUUUCCCACCGAAGUACCGAAUCUGAAAACCCUUAAGGUAAAAAUCCUCGUGCUGUUUUCAACAGAGACAGCACCAAAUUCUGCCAAACUGCUGCUGCCUCAGUAAUUCAGGUGUACGCCAUGCUGACAGCAAGGAGGUGAGACACAAGGAACGCUCCCACGAGGUGCUGCCACUUGUGCUGCUGCCCACAGUCUGGUGCUGGGCUGCAGGCAGAGCCAGGAGCUGCUCACUGGGUGCUGCCCACAGGCACCUCCUGACUGCUAACCCUCAAACCUUUCAUCUCUUCCCCUCAAGCACAUGCUGACUGAAGUAAUUCCAGUUAAACUGACAGGAUGUCAAAAGGCAAUGAUGUCCCUUCUGUGUGAUCUGUCUGUGCAUGGGCCAGGUGCCUGCCACAGAGAAGCACCCCACAAAAAGGUAAGAGUAGGAACUGUCCCCCUGGGGUGUUAUGAAGCACCAGGUCUUUAAUUGUUUGCACUCUUCCUUAUUUUUUUUUGGCUACUGGGAAGCACUGGAGAGGCUUGGGAGUGUGAGGCUUUUACGUUGGCAUGUAAAUUCUAUAUUCCAUGGUUCUUUCCUUUUCUCUUUAAAGAACAAGAGUUAUUGAGUUUAUUAGUAUAAAUAAUAAUGAACCAUAAAUUCCUAACUGACAUCAAACUAACUUUUACUUUACCCGUGCAAGUGCUCUUAGUGGAAGAGCUCCUGUGACCCCUGAGUGGCAACAUGCUCCCAGAUCCACUUGAUAUUACAAGCUGAAGCUGAUCCAGGUUGGGGUUGUUCCCCUGUUUUUCAGCUUUCCAUUUCUGUCACACAGAUGCAAUUUCAGAACAUCCCCAAAACCCACACAGGCUCUGCAGAACCCAUUUGAAGCUCUCCCAUGAGUUGGCACAUCAGAGGCCAACGUCCCCACCUUAAGUCCAUUGUCCUUUAAGAGAAAAUAUCAACAUUUAUUCAUCAUCAUGUUCAGAAAAUUGUACCUCUGUAGUCUGUAGUUACGUUGAAUGGAAAUCAGGUAUGUUAAUAGGUAUUUAUGCACCUAAAUCCUCUUUGGAGCUACUUUUUUCACGCAGAAAAAUCACUGUUGUGGAUGUGAGCACACACAGUGUGCAGAGCACACGUGUACAGCUGCAGCUGUGCAGCCCACAGGCACCUUAUGGCAGCACGGCCCCAUGCUCAGAGCUUCCCUGUCAUUUCUGCUGCCAGUAGGAAAGUGGAGUGCAUUACUUCUGCAAUUUUGCAUCCUACUGUAACACUGUGCAACGUGGGCGUGCAGAACGCAGUGCACACAUCCCUCCUUCCCUCAGCACUUCUGCACACAGCAGCUGCAGUGCACACAGUGCUUUGGUAGCAUCAAAAUGUAGCAGGGAGUUGCAGAGCUAAGGAGGCCUAUUGCCAAGGUAGUGGAGAUAGGUGAGAAUGGGUGAACUCUGAUCUUCAGAGCUUAAUGCUACAUUUUUUGCUUUGGUGGGUUUCUGCACGCUGAGUUUAUGAGACUAAAGCACAGUGGCAGAAUAAAUCGAGGCUGUGUGCACAACUGUGUAUCAAGAUUGCUGAGAGCUUUCAUCAAUGGAUUGUAAUGAAAAGGAAAUUACAACAAAAUUGAAUUCGUGGAGCACCACUGUACCUCAGCCACAACUCCCAGAUCCAGGAGGGAUCUGGGAUGACUUUGGCCUCCCAGCUGAAACGUGCAGUAGAUAAGCUUUAAUAGCAGCCACCACUGUCCAAAUGCCCCAGCAGUUUCUUUUUAGCGUUGUUUGUAUUCAAAUUGAUAGAAGUGGUGUUGAGAUAGGAGCAACCAGUCUUCAGUGGGACUGCUCAGGGUUUCCACAUUAACCCACUCAAAUAACCUGCACCUUUUUCUUUCCCAGAACCUCACGUACACCACUGUGCAUGGCCAGGUUUGCGAGCAGGGCAGCCAGCUACAUGCAGGCUUUGCACAUAAAAAGCCCGUAAGUAUAAAUAGAGCUCUAUAGCAAGAGCUGGUGGUAGAGGACAGCUCAUCCAGAGGUGAGCUCCAUGUGUGGUUCACUGUGUGUGUGUCAGGGAAUUCUGAUCAGGCAAGCGCAGGCUCAGAGCUGCAGAUGGUUUCCUUUCUUUGGGCUACACAGCACUCCUGGGCACACCAUAUGUUCUCCCCUGUCAACUAUACAGGCACUCCAUACGCUGUUUUUUAAGCUCCUAGUGGAAGCAUUAAUCUCAACGGAACUGUGCUGGGUUCUUGUUUUUUACAUUUUUCUUGCAAUAAACAACAAAUGAUCCUCAGGGAAGGGCUGGAUUGCAGAAGGAAAUCUGCACUGGGGCUCUCUUACCCUCAUUUUGCAGCAAGUGAGUUAAGGAACUCAUGGUCAGUAUUGGGGCUGAUGUCCCUGCGCUGCCAGUGGCACCUGAUAGGGCCAGAUGUGUCCAAAUCCCAGGGCCCAGCUGUUCUGCAGCCCUGUUACCAGU